GCUACGCGCUGAUAGGCUGAUAGGCUCAAGUAUAUUUACCCCGCUACAACACCCGGCACUCGGUGUCGAGUCGGUUACCUCAACACCAUCGAGACGGGCGUGCGAUUCGCUUGUUUUUCGCUUUAAUCCUAAAAACAACCCCAUCAAGAGCGGACUAUUUUCGCUACUAUUCAAUCGAUUGUGAGCUAAAGACUUUGUGCGUGCUUGUGCCCCAUUAUGUACAGCUGAAAGUUGUUGGUCGCCAACCGCGAUACCGCGAGGGAAUCUUCACAAAAAAAGAUAUUAGCGAUGGCUUUCCAUUGUUGCGCGCACUUUUCAAUCUAACCAGUGUCGACCAACAAGUUCGAUCUCCGUUUAGGAUCUACCGACGACCGAUAAAAGAUGAAGUUCUUCAGCAACAGCAACGAAAUCACCGCUGUCAAUGUGACGAGCGGCAUUAAAAAGCAGGCAGAGGGUGCCGCAUCAUCAACCUGCUACAAACUGGUCGAUCUCAAAGGGGGUGGGCUCUUGAUUGAAUUGAUGAAAAAGGCCUCCAAGACCAAAGACUUUACUGAAGUCGACAAGACUAUAGUAGAAAUGGUGGAGCCCUGUCUCUACAACAAAGGCCUAGGUAAAAUGGUGCACAUCGCACAUCUCGUCUUGCUGAGAAAUAGGGGUCGAGCCAAAACCAAAUUGCUACCCUGUCUCAAAGAAGUCGAAGAUCCCUACAAAUUCGAUAUUGAAAAAUACGUAGCGGAUAACUUCUCCAACGAUAAAGAUCCGACGCAUUAUCGGGAAGUUUGCUGGGAUUUAGACCAGCGGGGCGGUGUCGGAGAGACUGUUAUGCAUCUGUGCAUGCUGUCGGCUACAUCCAUACACGCAGAUUUGGCGAAAAGGCUUCUCAAAUUCUACCCGAAACUGAUUGUCGACAUCUACCUCGACGAAGAGUACUACGGCGAGAACGUACUUCACAUCGCAAUCGUUAACGAAGAUCCUGCCAUGGUCAAAUAUUUACUGGACAACGGAGUCAAUUACCAGGAUCGUUGCUGUGGUAAUUUCAUGAGUCCAGAAGAUCAGAAAGCCAGUCGCUACGACAGUCUCACUUCAGAAGUUGUUCUGAAUGACGCAGUUACUAAUUACGACGGUUACGUCUACUGGGGUGAAUAUCCUCUCGCGUUUGCCGCUUGUCUCGGCCAAGAGGAAUGCUAUCGACUUGUGCUGGCCAAAGGCGCGGAUCCCAACGGCCAAGAUACUAAUGGCAAUACCGUACUCCACAUGCUUGUCAUUUAUGACAAGACGGCAAUGUUUGACAUGGCGCACGAAUUGGGUUCCCUGUUGAACAUCCGCAACCGAUUGGGUCUCACUCCGCUGACUCUGGCUGCUAAAUUAGCUCGCCGCGACAUGUUCUUUCACAUCCUCAAAAUUCAAAAAGAAGUCUACUGGCAAUUGGGUAACGUCACAUGCAGUGCUUAUGCCCUUCCCCAGCUGGAUACGAUCGAUGGUGCUACUGGGGGCAUUGACAAAGACUCGGUUCUCAAUCUCGUCGUUUUCGGAGAUUCAGAAGCCCAUUUAGAGCUGAUGGACGAUGUCGUCAUCGACCUUCUUCACGCAAAGUGGAACACUUUCAUCAAAUUCCGGUUUUAUCGCUGCUUCUUGCUUUUCGCCUUGUACUUUGUAAUCUCGUUAAUCUGCUUCACGGUUCGCCCGAGUCCUCCCGUUCGUUUGAGAGAAGAAAUGACUACAACGCAAAGUUACACAACCACCGACAUGACUUGGCCCUCAUCGCCCUUUUCAUCAACAGAGAUGCCACUGUCGAGUACUACAAACUGGCCAACCGAAAAUGACACAAUUGAUUCGACGGCCUACGACGAUUUGAACAGUACGGUCACUGAGCCAAUAACAACAACCCGCAUAGAAACUACCAUUCCAAUCACUAGUCCCAGUCCUCGACCUACCAAAAUCUCAAUGGCAUCCUCGGUAUCACCCAGAGAUAGACACAGAUACAAUGAGGAGGACGCGUGCAUUUUACAACACUACGAUUCUACGAUACAAGGCUAUGCUAGGAUGGGCGGAGAAAUUGGCGUCUUGAUUGGUGUAGCCUUGUACCUUGGCGCAGCAGCUCGGGAAGCUCGCUUUCUCGGCAGGAAAAUGUUCUUUGAGAAUUUAGCCACUGCUCCGUCGAGAGUCCUCUUUCUGAUUUCUUGCAUGUUCGUCAUCGCCAUGGUCUUUUUGCGCUGGUUCUGUCUGAGAGCCGAGGAAGACAUCGUCGCCGUGCUCGUCAUGUUAUCGACAGCUCCGUACUUCCUUUUCUUCUGCAGAGGUUUCAAGAAAGUUGGGCCUUUCGUCGUCAUGAUUUACCGAAUGAUUAUGGGAGACUUGCUGCGUUUCGUCACCAUUUACGUGGUAUUCGUCAUGGGUUUCUCUCAAGCGUACUACAUCGUGUUUCUCACUCAUCCGAACAACCGUGAGCACGCCGAAAAUCCCAUGCCGACUCCGGUCGACUCGGUGAUGAUGAUGUUUCUCAUGUCACUCUAUAAUUUUGGAAGUACCUACGAAGCUUUUGCACGGACGGAACACGAAACUGUAGCAAAGAUUCUUUUCGUCGUUUACAUGGCAAUUGUCGGAAUUUUGCUGAUUAACAUGUUGAUCGCUAUGAUGGGUAACACUUAUACAAAAAUCGCCGAAACGCGUAACGAAUGGCAACGCCAGUGGGCUCGCAUUGUCCUCGUCGUGGAGAGAGGUGUUGAUCCUAAAUCCCGAUUGGAAAAUAUGGUCCUCUACUCGCAGCCGAUGGUGGAUGGGAGAAGGGCGUUCAUGCUUCGACAACAACAAUCGGAUGAAGAUAUGGAAGAGAUGAAGGAAUUGGAUGACAUAAGAAAUACUCACAAGCGAAGCAUUGCACGGAGAGCGGCAAAGUUGGCAGAAGCCCAAGCGGCAGCGAAGUCUGGCACCAAUGGCAGCAAAUGCUCGGCUACUCCCGUGAUCACUCAAAACGUCAAUUUAUCAAUUACGAAAAACCAAUUUUAAAGUUUUUUUUUGUUGCUGUUCUUGUUGUUGUUCCGCUUUUUUGUUUCAAAAAAAUCAACCGUAGAAAAAGUUUUCAAAGAAUAUACAAACAAUUCCA